AUGGACUUGGAAGAGGAGAACCACAGGGUGGAUCUGAGCCCUUCUCCAACAACCUGCCUUUCUGAGAAGCCACACCAGUCUCCAGGGAACACGCUACCUCCCCAGCAAGGUGUUUCUCCAUCCUCCUCAAAACAGUCUGCCACGUUGGCUCUGCAGCCAUUGCUGCCAAGCCCUCCACCCCUACCCCCUGGACGCAAGAUGCCCCCGCCGCCCCUUCCCAUGCCUGCUAUAAACACCCCGCCAGUCCCACCGCCUCCGCCGUGCAGUAAUCCUGACUGCAACCAUCUUGCCUGUGGAUGCGCUGGGCACCCCUACCCUAAGAAGGCAAAGACACCAACGCUGAGGAUGAAGGUGUUUCACUGGCAGAAGCUCCCCUCUGAUGUGAGAUACAAAUUCAGAUUCAUUCCCAGUGUCCUCAGUGACAUUGUUGCAGUCUCUCCUGAAGGAAAAGGAGAAAGCCGCUCCAUGUGGGCUGUGGUGGCAGGCGGUAGUGAGGAGCUCGCAGAGCCUGACUAUGCCAGCUUGGAGCUACUUUUCUGUGUUCAACCAGCUGCAUCUAAGGAGAAAACAGGGCCAAAAAUAAAGAAACGAAAAGAGAUCACAUUCAUAGGUCUAAAGAAAAGUCUUCUUCUGAAUAUAUGUCUGAAGCAAUUUAAGUGCUCCAAUGAAGAGAUUGCUGACAGGAUUCAGAAAGGGGAUGGGUCCAAGUUUGAUGCUGAGAUACUAAAGCAGCUACUUAAACUGCUGCCAGAAGACCAUGAGAUAAAUAGCCUGAAAUCUUGCAAAGAAGAAAAAUCAGAACUAGCAAAUACAGAUCAAUUUUAUCUCCAUCUCCUGGAAGUUCCUAGCUACCAGUUGCGGAUUGAAUGUAUGCUGAUUUGUGAGGAAACAAAAAUUCUGCUGGAUAGUCUGUGGCCAAAAGCACAAGUAAUCAGGAGAGCCUGUGAAACCCUUCUUACUAGCCACCGACUGCCAAUUUUCUGUCAGUUGAUUCUAAAAGUUGGGAACUUUCUGAACUAUGGGCAUCACACUGGAGAUGCUGGAGGUUUUAAAAUUAGUGCCUUGCUCAGACUAACAGAAACAAAGGCAAACCAAAGCCAUGUUACUCUGCUUCACCAUAUUUUGGAGGAGGUUGAAAAAAACCACACAGAUCUGCUGCAGCUUCCCAGUGAUCUCGUCCUUGUUUCCAAGGCAGCAGGAAUCCACUUUGAAGUUAUGCAGGCUGAAGUAGGUGCCAAUGUGAAGAAAUUGUUGGAAAUAGAGAAGAGUUUACUUUUGUCAACAGAUGAUUUAAAAAUACAGCAUGGAAAAUCUGUUCAAGGCAGUAUUAGCGCUUCAAAGGACCUACAGAAGGAGUUUGCCAACAUUGAGAAGAAGAAGGAAGAACUCGCUGAUUAUCUGUGUGAAGACCGAAAAAAACUGUCACUGGAAGAUCUAUUUAUCACAAUGAAAACCUUCAGGGAGCUCUUCCUCAAGGCCUUACAGGAAAAUCAAGAAAGGAAAGAACAAGCUGCAAAGUCUGAGAAAAGGAAGAAACAACUUAAAGGUGAAGAAGCAAAGAGACUAAAGGGAGAGUAUGGAAAUACCAGUGUGUUUAACAAAAACUGAUUCUGGAUUUAUAGCCAGUCUUUUGUUAAUCAGGAAGAACGUAUCUGUUUAGCUAUGGAUGAUGUUACA